CAUAUUAAGAACAUCUUACUUACAUACAGUCCAUCUGUUUUGGGUUGCAGCUGACCAUGGAUGCUGGUCUGGUCUAUGCAGACAUCAAAUGUUCUGAGGAUUCCUCAUCUAGAAGAAGUGCAAAUUUCGUUGUUCAACAGGCAGAUCACCGAAUAUGCCCUCAUUGGCAUCGGAUUGUUCUAUGGCUUUCCUGCACUGGGAAUGUUAUCUUGAUGGUGACUGUGAUACUGAUGGGGGUUCAUGGCUUGGGUUGCAAUUCCUCAACAGCAACAAACAGAAGCCCACAAAAUCCCGAGGAAAUGACUCGAAUUUCAAAUGCACAUCAAUGCAAUCCAGAUGAAAACAAAACAAAUAGCCAAUUAGAAGCACUCAAGACUUGUCUAAGGCAACAUUUGUGUGAGGCUACAAAUGCAACAACCGAGAAUGGAUCCUGCAGUAUAUGCCCUGUAACAUGGGUUUCAUAUGAGGGCAAAUGCUACUGGUUUUCUACUUCAAUCCUGUCCUGGAUCCAAAGCCAAAAGGAUUGUGUGGCAAAAAGAGCUCGGCUAUUGGUGAUUUCUAGUACAGGAGAGCAGGAAUUCAUCCAAGACAUCAUAAAGAAUAAGGAUACAUGGAUUGGGCUCAGAUUAAAAUUGCCAGAGGAGAGAUGGAUGUGGGUCAAUGGCUCACCAUUAAACCAAACACUAUCUCAACCCUUAACGGCUGACUGUGGUAUUAUAGGAAAGAAGGGAAUCGCAUCUGAUAUGUGCAGUACAGAACUUCACUGGAUUUGUCAGAAACCGUCUGUAUUCAUCUGAGGAUUUGCAUUUAAAAAAUCCCCCUCCUCCCGUAAAUGUGGGCUGCCUUAUUCAGCAAUGGCUGUUUCACCCCAGAGCAAGGAGGUGCUAUCUGAGGAAAGAACUGCUAAAUCCUCAUACCAGCCUGUUGUAGAUGAGAAAAGAAGCGUAAAGGGAAGUAACUUCUAAAUGAAGAAGGUUUUGUGGCAUCCCCAGAAAAUAUGUGAGCCCAUAAAAAAAUCCCAUGUGCACUCCUUUCAUAUUACUUUAAAAAUAGAGUUCAAUAGAUGAAAUAGAAUAAAUUAUACUUGUAUUUUUAAAUAUAGCAUGUACAAAAAAAAAAAAAAAAGAAACCGAUGGUUACCUUUAGAGAUGUUGUAGUUGUUUUUACUGCAUCUGUUUUUAUGCUUCCCAAAGCACAGCCAUCUCCAGGUUCAGAUUUAUAAUUUCCAUCUUUCUUACUCUUCCCCCAUUAAUUUCUGAGACAGAAAAGUCUUGUUCAGGGACACCAUUAUAAAAUCAGGU